UCCUUCUCUACCUAAAGAUGGUUCUUCCUUGCAAAAACUUGUGAUACGCUUCUUCCUUUCAAAAACUUGUGAUUCCAUAUUAAUGUUUUUGCGCAAACAAAGAUUUUGGGUAGUAUCACAUACUGAUUUAAUUCCAAAGCUAAUUCCUUUAAUCCGAUCUUUUAACUCAUUUUCAUAUUCUUCGUCAACUAAUGUUGUUGAUGAAACUAGUACUAACUAUGAAUUUGAUUUUCAUCAACUAUUCAUUUCCUGCAACAAAAGUAUUCAUCUUGCCAAACGUCUCCAUGCUCUUCUUCUCGUAUCCGGUGAGGCUAAAAACAUAUAUUUCUCUACGAAACUCGUAAACCUCUACGCAUACCUUGGUGAUAUCUCUUACUCUAGCAUCACAUUUGAGCAAAUUCGUACCAAAAAUGUGUUUGCUUGGAAUUCAAUGAUUUCUGGUUUUGUACAUAACGGCUGUUCUCGUGAAGCUAUUAAUUGUUAUUAUCGAUUGUUGGUAACAUCGUCGUCUAGAGUUCGCCCUGAUUUUUAUACAUUUCCUGUUGUUUUAAAAGCUUGUGGAGAUUUAAUCGAUGGAAAGAAGGUGCAUUGUUGGGUUCUGAAGCUUGGGUUUUGCUUAGAUUUAUUUAUAGAUGCUUCUUUGAUUCAUAUGUAUUCGAAGUUUGGAUUUGUGACUGAUGCUCGUAAAGUGUUUGACGUAAUGAGGGUACGGGAUAAAGGUACUUGGAAUGCAAUGAUAUCGGGGUUUUGUCAAAAUGGAAAUGCAGUGGAAGCUUUGGGUGUAUUUGAGGAGAUGAGAAUGGAAGGAGUUCAGUUGGAUAGCACGACUGUCUCGAGCAUACUCCCUGUUUGUGCUCCACUUGGUGAAGGAUUGAAGGGGAUUUUGAUUCACGUAUAUGCUAUUAAGCAUGGUCUUGAAUUCGAUGUGUUUGUUUCUAAUGCUUUAAUUAACAUGUAUGCGAAAUUAGGUGAGUUGGUUUCCUCAAGGAAGGCGUUUGGUCAAAUGAUUGCAAGAGAUUUAGUGUCAUGGAACUCGUUAAUAUCUGCGUAUGAGCAGAACAAUGACCCCAUUUCUGCUCUCAAGCUUUUUUCGGAGAUGAUGGAAAACAAGUUUCAGCCUGAUGUGUUUACCUUGGUAAGCUUGGCUUCUGUUGUGGCUCAGUCUGGGGAUGACCAUAAAAGUCGGUCGGUUCAUAGUUUCAUUAUGAGGCGAAGUUGGAUGUGCGAAGACAGCUUCAUUGAAAAUGCUAUUAUGGACAUGUAUGCUAAGCUGGGCUAUAUAGAUUUGGCACGUAAGGUCUUUGAGAGGAUGGCUUUUAAAGAUGUAAUAUCUUGGAAUACUCUGAUCACUGGAUAUGCUCAAAAUGGUCUAGCUAGCGAGGCUGUCGAGGUUUUCCGUGAAAUGGAAUGGUGUAAAGGAAUUGUGCCGGAUCAAGGGACCUUGGUUAGCAUUUUACCAGCUUUCUCUCAUUUAGGAUCCUUGCAACAUGGAAUGAGAGUUCAUGGUCAUUCAAUAAAAAUUGGUCUUUGCAUGGAUAUCUUUGUGGGCACUUGUCUUAUAGAUUUGUACGUUAAGUGCGGGAGGUUGGAUGAUGCAAUGUUGGUAUUCAAACAAGUGCCCAGGAGAAGUUCUGUUCCCUGGAAUGCCAUAAUAUCUGGUCAUGGUAUCCACGGAGAUGGUGAAGUUGCUCUGAAAAUAUUUGGAGAAAUGCAAGAUGAUGGAGUUAAGCCAGAUCAUGUUACUUUUGUUUCUGUCUUGUCAGCUUGUAGCCAUGCCGGUUUGGUAGAACAAGGGCAGAGUUGCUUCCAACUGAUGCAGCAGAAAUAUGGUAUUGAGCCUAGUUUGAAGCAUUAUGGAUGCAUGGUUGACUUGCUAGGUCGAGCUGGUCAUGUGGACACUGCCUAUGACUUUAUCAAGGAUAUGCCUAUCCGACCUGAUGCUUCUGUUUGGGGUGCUCUUCUAGGUGCUUGUAAGAUUCAUCAAAAUGAAGAAUUGGGUAAAGUAGCAUCAGAACAGUUGUUUGAAGUUGAUCCGGAGAAUGUUGGUUAUUAUGUUCUGGUGUCAAAUAUGUAUGCAAGUAGUGGGAAAUGGGAUGGAGCUGACAAAGUAAGAUCAUUGGCAAGAGAUAGGGGACUGAGAAAGACUCCUGGGUGGAGUUCAAUUGAAGUGAACAAAAAGGUUGAUGUUUUUUACUCUGGAAACCAAUCCCAUCCCCAGUGUGAGGAGAUUUACAAAGAAUUGGGAGGUUUGUUGUCUAAAAUGAAGAGCCUUGGUUAUGUACCAGAUUACAGUUUUGUGUUGCAGGAUGUUGAGGAUGAUGAAAAGGAACAUAUAUUAACAAGUCACAGUGAAAGGUUGGCUAUUGCAUAUGGGAUUAUCAACACCCCACCAAAGACUCCUAUUCGGAUCUUUAAAAACUUGCGGGUUUGUGGGGAUUGUCACAAUGCUACUAAACUGAUAUCUUAAAUUACUGAGAGGGACAUCAUUGUGAGGGAUUCUAAUCGCUUCCAUCAUUUCAGAAAUGGGCAAUGCUCCUGUGGAGAUUACUGGUGAAAAGCCGAGUAUUUCCUCUUAUUUACUGCAGCUAAUUGACAGAGUGGGUGCAAAUGUUGCUCCAGUGCCUCUACGUGACUCGACAUCAAGUAUCGUCUUGGCUGAAUGGGAAGACUAAAGUAGAAUCCUGCUUGUAUCAACUGAGCCUGUGAAUUAUGCUUGCCCAAUCUCUUGAACUGGUAUUUCAAAAGAACCUCACCUUCUCAGUUCCAAUCUCCCGUAGAAGGGAUGUCUACUCUUUGCACAUCCUUGUAAGUAGUACCCUGAGGGAAGAAUGGUGAUAGUUUUGAAUGUCAUUGUCAUGAAAGACCUGGCAGCAGCAUUUAUCAACUUAGGUGGCAAGAUAUUGUGCUGGGCAUCAAUUUUUGCCACGCUGAACGGCUGGGACUCAAUCAGAUCAAGAUUCAGGAAGCUAGUAAUCUGUGGUGAUUGAUUCUGUGGGCACUUUGAUGUCUAAAACUCAUGGAUUGGAAGGUUCAAAGAUAGUUGUGUACCCAGGAAUUCCGAAGGUGAUACAUUAUAACCCCUCUAAGCGAGUCCAGGAUUCGCAGAAGCUGUCUGUAGCAAUUCUUGUCCAUUUGUGGGAAUUACUCAACCCCUAGUUUGUUAGGAUGACGACUCCACUCACGCGAGACCACCACCAUCAAGCAGAGUACUACAGGGUGAAUAUGGGGCAUAUAAUGCUUAUAUCACUGCAGCAACUGGAUGCUCUGCAGGGGAUGCUCCUACAAUGUAUGAUCAUCCAAGCUUAGGAUGCGCAAUAAGGGUUGCUGAACCAGCUGUAUGAGGAAUGGGCAAAAAGAUUUUUGUUUGACAAGCUUCCACAGGAGCAAGCGUUGAAGAUCUUCGCAAGUAUUUUGACAGAUCCUGUUGUAUUUUAGAUGUUUAUGUUCCCAAGGACCGAAAAGAACUGGUCACCAGGUCUUUGGUUUUGUAACUUUUGCCGAGGAUGGUGUGGCAGAUUGUGUGUUUCUCGAAGGACUCAUGAAAUUUGUGGACACCAGGUUGCAAUAGAUUCAGCACUCCACCUAAUGAUGCCGGUGGUACAAGUGGAAGGAGGGUACUGAAGCCUUAGGGUGGCUAUGUAGGUCCAAUGCGUGCUUGUAACAACUAUGGGAGUCUGGAUAUUGAUGUCUGUAGAAGGGGCAGACCUUCGAGAAUGGAUAGGAGGUUUAGGACAUACUAAGACAUGGGUCAUUGAUAAAGAAGAGAAAACAUUUCAGAGUCAAGUCUGUAGAAGUUGAAAACU